AUGAUCAAAGCCAGGUUUGCUGAACAUGCGUCAGCAAACAAGAUUAAGGAGGAAGGCAUCUUCCUCUUCAAGGACUUUGUCGCCCCUUGGCAGAUAGAGUUCGAACGCUUUACCCCUGUCAGGCAGUGCAUGAACCGCUAUGCCUACGGACACCUUAAGGUUAACUGCAAGGAGAAGAAAUCUCGUUGUUCCGAGUGCUGCUCAAGCCACAGUGCAGGCCACCACCAAUGCCUGGAGGCCACUCAUAAACCAGGUUCGCCAGGAUAUCAAGGAAAAGACCAUACCCAAAAAAGACCCCACAGUGCACCUUGCACUGAGAAGGAACAACCUCCCCGACCUCGAUCUAGGAGCAGACUCCUGGGGGAUCCUGAAGGUGGUCCAAACUCCCCCCCCCCCUGCCCUACCAGAAAGCCCUCAGAAGCGGCCUCGCACAUCCAGGCCCUGGACACUCAGCUAGAGCAGAUCUCCCCAUACACCCCUACAACACCGGCAACCCCAGCCCCUACCCCUGACACCUCAGUCAGACCCAAGCAGCAGCAAGCCACUGCAAAACCAGCCAGCUCAAAAAGCCACACACCUGCACCCCCACAAGCAGUGGACCAAGCUCCCUCUGCAGAACUGGCAACCCAGGCCCUGCAGAAACAUCCAGCCCCGACGAUCCCGACAGCUCCCUUGUAG